AUGUUUCGCAGAUCAAUGAGACUAUUCCGCCUAAAUCGGAAAUCCCGGCGUGGUGUUGAAAUAUGCCUGUGCCUCCUCGCCUUCCUAGCCACCUGGGCCCUAAUGACACUCCUCAUCCUUGUCCUCCAAGAAAAGAUCUUCGGACCGAUGGAAAGUGACGUGAAUUCUAAAAAUGUUGCCAAGAAAAAGGGGAUGCAGAUUGUGGUCGGACAUUACAAUGGGAAUUUGGCGAAGGAGAAACGAGAUAACCUGACUGAUGAACAACUAAAUGCAAAUGAAUAUGCACCCGUGGAAGGAUGGGGCGAAGGAGGAUCUCCUGUAAGACUAUCCCUUAAAGAUGAACUAACAGCCGACGAUACCUUCGGAAUCAACCAAUUCAAUCUUUACGUCAGUGAUCGCAUCUCAAUCAACCGAUCACUACCUGAUAUUCGGCGGGAAGGCUGCAAAUCGAAGGAAUACCCAACUAAUCUGCCCACCACUUCGGUAAUUAUUGUCUACCACAAUGAAGCAUAUUCAACACUCCUCCGAACAGUCUCCUCAGUCAUAAAUCGAUCGCCCCGUGAAGCCUUGAAAGAAAUUAUUCUGGUCGAUGAUUUCAGCAAUAGAACAUUUCUGAAAAAGCCCUUGAACGAAUUUGCUAAAAUGGCUCCCGUCACAAUUAAGAUUAUUCGAUCAAAGUUGAGGGUUGGAUUGAUUCGGGCUCGUUUGAUGGGUGCACAGGAGGCAGUCGGUCAAGUUCUCACAUUCCUUGAUAGCCAUUGUGAAUGCACCAAGGGAUGGUUGGAACCGUUGCUCGCCAGGAUUAAAGAGGAUCGAAAAGCAGUGGUUUGCCCUGUAAUCGAUGUCGUUAAUGAUCGAACUUUUCAAUAUCAAAAAGGAAUCGAAAUUUUCCGCGGUGGCUUCAACUGGAGUCUACAAUUUCGACUCUAUUUUGAAGAACUUGGCACAUACGAUCAAGAAAUGGACAUUUGGGGUGGCGAAAAUUUGGAGAUGUCUUUUCGGAUUUGGCAAUGUGGUGGUCGUGUGGAGAUUUUGCCCUGUUCGCACGUUGGGCAUAUUUUUCGAAAAGCUUCGCCACACGAUUUUCCGGGUGGAGCUGGUUCUGGAAAGGUCCUGAACAGCAACCUCUUCCGAGUAGCCGAAGUCUGGAUGGACGACUGGAAGCACUUGUUCUACAAAAUAGCUCCAAGAUCUGGCGCCCUUCGCUCAAAACUAGAUGUCUCCCAGCGAAUCGAACUGCGCAAAAAACUUCAGUGCAAGCCAUUCAUAUGGUAUCUUAAAAGCAUCUUCACCGAUCAUUUUCUACCGAUGCAGGGCGAUAAAUUUGGACGGAUUGCUUCUUCGGAUGUUUGUCUACUGAGUCGACCCCAAGGGGAAGAAGGUCAUAAGGGACAUCGUUUAUCGGUUGCUCGCUGCACGCUUGGAUUCGAUUUGUGGCAGCUUUGGCUCUACACAACUGAAGGUCGAAUCAAAACCGAUGAGCACCUUUGCCUGUCAGCUGUCCGGAGCACCCACCUCUCGCUAGAAUGGAAUGUCGAGCUGAAAGAAUGCGCCGGAUAUCCGACAGAAGUUUGGAUCCAUAAUCCUGAUAAUGGGCAAUUUGUGCACCGCGAAAGUGGACACUGUUUGACGAUGCCAAAAGCAACGGAAGAGGACACCUUCCUUUCAAACCUGGACGGAAUUUCACCACCAAUUGUCACGCCGUGUCCACGAUGGAGCCCUAUUAAAUCACAGAAUUGGGCAAUCCACGAAGUUUCUUGGACUUCAAAUUAU